AACGACAAGCGAGACUUUUGUUCAUUAUUCACAAUUUCAAAAUGGCCAAAAAUUGAAAGCAAGUUACUAUCCGAGCAAAUUGUUUAUUUGAAAAUAAUGGAGAUUAAAAGCGUUGAAUUUGACAAAGUGACCAAAAUAACAAAGAAUCUAUUUCCAAGAUCAGCAAAGUACAAUCAUAUUACUGCGAUCACGAGUGCAAAGUGUUUAAAUCCAUCGAGAAAUAAUCGACUUUCUUGCCGUAAUAAUUCCAAUUGCAAUUGCUGUCGUGUGUGGUGUAACAGUAGACGACUUCAAAGUAAUAUUGUGAACAAGACUACAUUUUUUCAAGGACGACGACUAUUGUGUUUGAUGCGAAUUCGUAAAGCCUUGCACCAAAAAAUGUUACAAAUCGAUUUUCGUUCGAGUGUUGAUUAUAUGGACAAUUAUUGAUAAAAUAUUCGGUCAACAUGACGUGAAUAAACCACAAACAAGACUAUUCUGUAAACCAAAAAAUAAGCAAAACAUUCUGUGCUAUUUGUUAACGUGCGCUUUACUAAUUUUUUUGUGAUUUUCAUAUUUUAGGUGAAUUUAAAAUUGAUAUAAUUUUAGUGAAUUUACUGCAACUAAAUAGCCACACAUAAGCCCAGCUAAAAGUUCCAAUUUUAUUUUUAUUUUCUGCAAUGGAAAAAUAUCGAAACAGCUGCAAUACAUCGUCGUUGAACACAACGUAUCCGUUGAGCACCAGUCGAUUUUUAAACACAGGACCAUUGUACACAAUGGGCAGCAUGGCAACCAAUAUACAACAGAAAAAACAACACGGUCCACAAUUGCUAAUGAACACCAACUCAGUGGGCACUGCCACACAAUUCCAAUUUAUUCCAGCUAGAUAUCGUCACGCCACAACCACUGUUCACACGCCGUUCCAAUUCGAUAUCGGCAUCAACAUGGCACCCAUUUUGAACAGCGUCAAGACAUUCUUUUCGAAUUUACUGAAGCCAACCAUCCGAAUGGACACAACGUAUGCAACAGUUGGUGGUGAUACGGCCACCGAAAAAAGGAAGUGCAAUUCAGCGCCCAACAUUUACAUGGGCAUCAUGUCGGACGGUAAAUGUGCCGGAGAUUUUGACAAAAGUUGUUUCGUUGAUACGGUCGACUACGAAAUGUUGUCCAAAUUGACGUCGAGUACAAAAUCAUUUUCCGAUUACAAUUUGCCGAUCAGUGCGGUGAAAUCCAGCAGUUAUGGCAGCAGUAAUCUGAACAUACCAGAGUCCACGGAUAUAGUGCCGGACAUGAUUACAAAGAGCUUUGAGCAGCAACCAAUAUCACCACACCAUACAACCAAAGAGUCCAACGUUAAAAUAUCACCUCCUGCGUCACCGAUAGCUGUUCCCCUAAUGCAACCGCAGCCGAUCUCUAGCAUUAACAUACCAACUGUGCCAAACAUGACACGAAGGGCCGAUAAAAAACGACCGCUGAAGGAGAAAGGCAACAGAAAGGCAAAACGAAGAAGCGGAAAGAACCAAAAAGAGAAAGGCAAACACGCACUGGCACUGAACAUCCAUGAAGACUGUGUAACAGAAACCGAAACAAUGUCCAUGGACGAAUGGGACGAGCCACUUGUGAUCAUCACCGCUUCAUCAGCAGCAGCAACAACACCUCCAUCAAUCCAACCAUUAACUGAUUCAGUUACCUUCUCCACGGACGAUUUUCCCGCUAUGCCAGCUCAUUGCCCACCAACGAACUUCGGCACACAGACAUUGCCCAGACUGUCACACUGCGUAGCAGCACUGAUCGGAAAGCGUCCCCAACGUCAGUUGUCCGAAUGUGACAGCGAGGACAGUUUCAUUGUGUUCGACCACGACGACAAACUAACGCCGUCGUCGGUCGAGUCGAAUCUAUCGAUUUGUGAUCGAAUUCGCAGUCGAUUGUCGGUGGGUGGACGUCAGAGACAAAUAUCAGAAAGCAGCGAUGACGAUUUCAUUUGUUUCGAAAUGGAAGAAUCAGAUACGGAUGGUGAUGAUGAUUAUGAUGAGUACGAUGGUGAAGACUGUGACGAAGAACCAAUGACGUCGGUUUCGGAUUGUGAAAGUGAGGUGGAUGUUAAAUCGUCGGGAACCAAUCCACCCGAUUCGGGUUUUGAAGAUAAAAAGGUACGCUUCAACUUAAAGCCCGUCGUACAUGUCCUGAGAACGUGGAGCUUCGCUUAUCAACAGGCGCGUAAAGGUGAAUGGGAACAAUAUGGACGAGAUCGCGUACGUUUCUGCGACAGAAUAAAACGCUUAGAAUCAACAUUAGUUCCCAUAUUAAAUUCCGACCAUAGGCAAAAAAUCUACUGUGAUCGAUUUCUGCAAACAGCAGUCAAUGAUACGUCUGCAGUUGGUGCAAUAGACAAGCAAUGAAAAGAAAGUAAGACGUCUGUCUGUACGUGUGAAUAAAAUAAUAUGUUAUGGGUGUAUUGAGGAUAACACAAAAAAAAAAUCAAAUUACAAAAGUGAGAUAAAGAAAACAAAAAAAAGAUUAAAAAAAAUUUAAAAAAAUUCGAUUUUCUUCAGUCUGUUAUGGACUUUUAAGCAAAAUUCAUUUAAUUCGUCAAAAAGGGGGAGCGUACUUUUUUAGUUAAAAUUCUGUUUUGAUUACCAAACUCUGGUUAAAAUAGUCGAUUGUUUGUAAUUAAAAUGAAAAUCUAUUAAUAUAUUUAAAGCCACAA